CGUUCGCUUGGCAGGAAGGAGCACGUACGAUUGCGUCACGUCACAUGACCCAGUCAGCAUUCCUGGAAUCCUUGUAUUUCCCUGCUGCGGGAUCAGUCUUCGAGUAGCUGUGAUAUAGUAAGGGACGUUCGACGCGUCCUCGUUCUGUUUUAUACUGGUAAAAUGAGUGUUCAAUGCAUUAUGGCGAGUAUGUGAGGCAAAGUCUAGAAGCAACAUCAUAUUCGAAUGAAGGUCAUGGACAGUUGACCUUAAGUUAUACACAUUCAUAUAAAAGUCUUCUAUUCGGAAGGACACUUUCAACGGAUCUAAUUUAUAAUUUUAUAAACACGUAUAAUUAAUCAUUUAUACAUGUUUAUAAAAAAAUCACUUAUAUAGUGUUACCAUUGUGAAGAUUGAAGAAACUGACCAAAAGAAAGAUCCUUAAAUAACCUGGAGGGAGUGUCACACAGUCCUAGUAUAAGUGCCACAGGUGUGGUGAUGGGUGACGCAAGCCUCAACACUCCUAAACUUCAAGGUGGUGUGUGUCAAGUAAGCUCCCUCAGGGAGAAUAACAAUAUCACAGGCGAAGUUGACCUGGGAAAAGGUGGACGCACCAAGAAAUUCAUCUCCUACGAUAGUCUAAGGUUUGAGAAAGAGCGGCUGGAGACAUUCAUUGAUUGGCCUGUGAAAUGGCUGAAACCAGAAGACCUGGCUCGUGAUGGAUUUUAUUACCUGCGGACGGCAGAUCACUGCGCCUGUGUGUUUUGCCGGGGCAUUGUGGGGGCGUGGGAGUAUGGAGACACCCCUCGGGAGGAACACAAGCGUCACUUCCCACAGUGCCCAUUCGUCAAGGGGGAGCCAGUGGGCAACAUUCCCUAUGCCCAGAGCAUGAUCAUAUCACACAUCACCCCAAGCCCAGAGACUGCCCUUCCCCUCCCUCUCAGCAUGGACGUAUGUGGUAUGGGAAGGCCCAUGCCAGGAUCUUACCCUGAGUGCAAACCCCCAAAAAAGGCAGAUCUUGACUUUCGGAACAUAGAUCUUCCGCAACACACAGCCCCCAAGAGAAAAGAUUUCCUUUCCCAGGAGAGUCGUGAGAUGAGCUUCAUCCGGUGGCCAGACCAGGUGAAACAGACCCCGAAGGAAUUAGCUGAGGCUGGUUUCUUUUAUUGUGGGCUGAGUGACCAUGUUAGGUGCUAUCACUGUGGUAAUGGAUUACGAAACUGGGAGAAAGAGGAUGACCCAUGGGAGGAGCAUGCACGGUGGUACCCAGAGUGUGUCUAUGUGCAUGUCAAGAAGGGUCAGGAAUUUAUUGAUAAGGUGAGGCGAGAGGAGCCACCAUACCUGGGACCACAAACAGCCCCCCGAAACAUUUCAUCAUCCCUUGCCCGGCCGAGCAUCUUUGAGAGUGACCUUGACCCCUUAAUGGAGUUAGAUAUCGUAAAGGCCACACUGAAGAUGGGCUAUCCAGCUGACAGAGUUAAACUAGCUCUACGGAGGAAACUAGAGCAGACAGGCCUGCCCUUCUUCAGCCUGGAAGCUUGCACCGAGGCCGUCCUUCAGUACAUGGAUGAAAAGACUCGACCUACCUUCCACGAGUCAUCGGCCAGGAAUUCGGAGUCAGAGGCAGCAUCUCAGCAAGAGGCCAGGAUGCCAUCCCUGCAGGCAGCAACCGAAAGGCAGGCUACAGCAUCUUCCUCAAGCCCCAUUGCUACCAUCGCCACCACCACUACCACUGUUGGUGCACUGUCUUCCUCUCCGUCCUCCUCCUUGUUCUCCUCAGCUGGCUUCUCCUCCCAGCAUGACCCAGCAACAUCCAACAUAGAAGAGCCCAUGGAGACUGAGUCCUCCCCCAUUACCCCUACACAUGAUGUCCUCAGUCAAGCAGACUACAUCAUGGGAGUGGCAGAUCAGGCCCUUAAUGCUGACCCCACUUCUUCCUCCUCCCCUACUCCUAACCCUUCAGCUGAACCCUCUCUAGUCACCUCCGCAACCUCCACUCCCACGAAUCCAUUUGCUGCUGUUCCAUUUGCUUCACCUCACAAAGUCACCCCUGCUGCCUUCCCCACAUUCAAUAACUUUCCUGAAUCUGUGAUGGAGAAGUUGGCCAAGAAGACAGUCCCCUCUACUGAGCCUUCAAUCGCUGGUAAGCCUCAAACAGCCCAAGACCCAGCUGUAGAAAUAGAGAUCAGAGACUCCCACAUAUGCAAGGUGUGCAUGGAUGCUGAGACAGACACGGUGUUCCUGCCGUGUACCCACAUGGCAACCUGCUCAUCUUGUGCCCUUGUCCUUACCCAGUGUCCCAUCUGUCGCACGGAUAUCAAAUAUGCCAUCAAACCUAUCCUUUCCUGAGUGCCCUCUAAGAUCUUAUUGCUUUCUUAUUUAUCUUCAGCUUUUCCUCCCAUUUAUGAUGUAUUUGUUGAAACAAUAAAUUACAUCAAUCUUUUUUCAGUUUUCUGUUAGGAAGGCCAUAGAGGACUGUUUGCCAUUAUGUAUCAUCUUCUGAGUGCCUUUUAGUUUUCUUGUUUGUCAUUUCUUAUUUUACUUUUCAGUUAGGAAUGUCAGUGAAUGGCGUUCAAAGUUUCACUCACUCAUCUGAAUAUAUAUAUAUAUAUAUAUAUAUUUUUUUUUUACGUUGUGGCCUAUUGCGCCGGUAGGCAUCUUCCUGGUGGGGCCUGAUGGUCGGCCCAAGGCUUCUUCCAGGUGGGGCCUGAUGGUCGGCCCAGCCCGUUCUGGCGCAGGCGAGUGUUUAUAGUGGCGCCAUCUUGCAUUGGCUCAUGCUGCCCCCCGGAACUCGUACUUGAUUCGCUUGGACAGCUUCCUCUAGAGUCCGGGUUGAUGGGUGGUCUUCAGGACAGCAUGUGGGUAGUUUUAAGCCACUCGGCGGUGACCGAAAAAUCCGAGUGGUAGCGUGGGGAUUCGUUUUGUUUGGUCUAACAUACUUCUUUUUUAUUUCACCUUUUUCUUGGGUGUCGUCUAUAUCACCUGGCCUGGUAUCAGGCAUAGUCGCCACACUACAGAUGCCCCUAGCUUGUUAGCAGCACAGGCAAACUUCAAGUGGCUGUCGUGACAUACAUGUUUGGCUUAUGUGGCUCUUUCCUCUGUAUCAUGACAUUGAAAGGCAACUUGUGUGCCUGACAGGAAAGUUUUUUUGAAGUGUGUUAUGAAUAACCCAAAGGAUUGGUAGCUGAGUGGUCAGUACAGUAUGCAGGUAUGGUUAAGAAAGUCUACAGGUCCUAUAGGCAGCACAUAUAUAAAAAAACUAGUUGCUUUGACAAGGUGAAUUUGUACUCAGUGUCUAGAUUGCUACUUGCUUUGUCAAAUCUAUGAGCCUCAUGCAUUAUAACCCAAAGAAAGCGAUGUGCAUGCUGACUUUAAAUGCUACUUGGUGUGUGAAGUAUCUGAAAGCAUUCUGUCUAAAGCUCUUGUUGGAUUGAAAUAUUUUUAGAGUUACUCAAGUUGUGAGAAUAUCCUUUACUGAAUACUAUGUAGGGAAUGGAAUAAUCUAUUCAUGUAUGUUGACUGCCAACUAGCGUUUGUAUGUGUUUACAAAUACAGUCAUACCUCUGUUUACGAGCUUAAUGCAUUACGAAUUUUGCUCACACGUAAAAACUUUACCAAAAUGAAUUUCCCCAUUUAAAUCUGGGAUUAAUGCGUCCCAUAUCCAAAAAAUAUUAACAAAAAACUUUAAAUGUUAUUUAUACAGAAUAAAGCAAUUUUACUAGCAAAUAGCAAUGAUAGGUAAUGUAGUAUAAUGAUAAAAAUAUAAAUCAUUAAAAAAAAUAUAGUAUAAUACAUGCUGUAUUUCCCUUCAUAUAAGAUUCACUUUUUUUUUUUC